AUGAUUACUCUAAGUGAUGAGAGGAGUGUGGAAGAAGCAUACACACAAACAGAACACUUCCAAGACAAUCCAAAGGAAAAGCAGGAAGAGAGAAAUCAAGAGGAGCUAAAGAAAGAAGAGACUCUGAACCCAUAUGCACCUUUUCCCCAAAGGCUCAAGGGUGGUGUAGCAACGAGAGUAUAUUCAAGGUUCCUCGACAUGUUUGCAUCCCUUCAUGUGAACAUACCAUUCAUUAAGGCUCUACAGCAGAUGCCUUCAUACAUCAAGUACAUAAAGGAGUUGCUGACAAAAAAAAGUUCACUGAAGGGUGGGCAAAUAAUAGUGAUGAAUAAGGAGUGCAGUGCUCUUAUUCAGACAGAGCCACCUACAAAGAAGAAGGACCCAGGGAGUUUUUACAUCCCCUGUGCUAUAGGAGAAGCAAUGAUUGAUAAGGGACUCUGUGAUCUGGGAGCAAACAUCAACUUAAUGCCUCUAUUCCUCAUGAAAAAGCUCCAAAUCAAUGAGAUAACACCCACAGACGUAAUCAUCAAACUGGCUGACAAAACUCAAAAAUAG